CAUGACUAAAUCGUGAGGAAGGAUGUCGAAUGUUGACCCUUUCUCCGACAAAAGAUCAGUGCCAAAUUUGAACUCAUGUUCCUGUUCGAAGCGUUUUAAUGGUCAGAUUGUUGGUUUUAAUCUACGUGGUGUAUUAUUCAGCAACGUAAGUGUUUAAAUACCAUAUUCUAAUGAUGUUUACUUGUUCUGAACGAUCGUAUUUAUAGUCGUUAAAUAUCGAGUUGGGCUGGUCACCUUUUACAUUUGAUUUCAGCGAAGUGGGUUCGUCUCGCGAAAAACCAUGCAUCUAUGUAUCGUUUAUAUUUAGUGUGUCUUUUUAAUAUAAUUGUUUGCCGGUUUAUAUUCAAGUCGUGUAAAUGAGAAAUAAGCGACGAUCGAAAUGGGCUAUACAACGCAAUGUUUUGCCAAGAUAUUUUUAUUUGUAAUCAUAUGAUAGCGAAUUUUGAGUGCCAUGUCUGAAAUUCGCGAACAUGUAUUCGGCAUUGAUGGUUCACUCUACAUUCAUAGAAACUCGACGUUCUUUUUACUAUUGAAGAGAUCUAAACAUAUCUGACGAAAUUAUACAACUAUGGAAAAGAUACUGCACAAAUAAAGCAUCCGUGAUAUCUGACAGCGUUUUAUUGUUUCAUAAUAUAUUCCAUUCGUGUAAUUAUAGUCUUGCCGCAGUGUGGUUAGCAAACCUCGAAGCAUGAAUUUCGUAAGUUUCGUUUUCAUAAAUUCUCGUCUAUUAAAAUUUCUAAACGAAGCCUUUAUAAUAUGAAAGUUGUGGAAUGCUAGAAUCAACGUAUGUAAGCCGAACUUCAACGUAAACGACUUAAUUGUUACAUCAAUUCAAUCGGAUAAAUUCGUUAUAUGUAUAAAUUCGCGUUCAAUAUUGUUGCUUGCAAGUCCAGAUUCAGGGAUACAUUUUGUGACUUUUGUAUGGUCCGUUGGGUAUUUUCUUGAUUCCCUGUGAAUAUAAAUUAAAUAUAUAUAUAUAAAUAUACAGUAUAAGUGGAGCCGGUAGGUAUUGUUCAUGUAUCUAAUUUGGUAUAAACUGUAUUUAAUUUAAGGUUUUAGAUGAUAUUGAAACUAUAACGCAGUUAAUGUCUUAAGAGGAUGUUAGCAUAUCCUCAAAAAUUAAAUCACAGUUCCUAUGUUUCAAAGAAGAGACUCUCAAGGAACACUAAUUUCUAGGAACUAUAUAUGAUUUGUAUGUACAGUUAAUCCUCAAAAUGAAAUCUGAUCACUAAGCAAUAAUAGGCAACAAAUGUGUGUGUUCUGUGGCAAAGAAGGCCUUGUUCAGAUAAUUUGAUAGAGAGAGAAAAAUAUUACCCCACUGAAUCCAAAACAGGAUACUGUGUAACGGUAAAUAAAACUCUUUACUUUAGUCAUAAUUAAGAACAUAAUGAUAACCAAUUUGUGCAGUAAUCAAGUGAGAGCAUGCAGUAUAAAAGAGUAAAAAGUGCAGUGAUAAAGUGUGUUGUGAUAAAUUCUUAAUUAACAGAACCCACUAAAACCUUCAAAAUCAAUUAUUUAAAUGUCCUAUUGAUGGUGCCAAACUUGACAAACUGAUUUUAAAGUUACAUGGAAUUCACUCUCAGACUCAUUUAUUUUAGCAGCGAUACAUGCAUGCAUGGUCCCUGACUGGAAAGUUUGGAAAUUGUGUACCCGAGAUUUCGAAAAUUUAAUAGUAAAUAUAUAGAAAACAUCAAAAUUGCACGCCCGAUAUCUCAGUUGCACUAUACAAACUUUCCAUGUACAGCUGUGGUGUAAAGAGUGUCGUCUGUAGUAAUGAUUUUAUAAUGACUUCAUAAUGUCAGUUGAUUGAGUGAAGGUGUCAUUCAUUUUGAUUUUUUAACGAUAAUUUCCAAUUUAACAUGUUGCAAAGCAAAGUAGGUUAAAAUCUUCAUAAAUUAUGCAUUUGCACAUUAAUUUAACAUUUAACAAAAACAUUUUCCGUGUUGAUAUACAGUACAGUUAUAUCAACACGAGUGAGAAUUGGGAAAACAGAAAUUGUGUGGAAACAGACGCCCCGAUGUUUCCGUGUUGACAUGGAGUUAUAUCAACACAGCUCUUAGCCAAUCAGUGUUCAGAAUUUACAAAUGCUAUAUUAUAAAUUGUGUUAAUUAAAACACAACAUAUUAUAUGUAUAAACAUGGAAAUGUAUAUAAUUUUUAAAGUUAGUAUUUUCUCACAAUCUGUUUUACACAAUUGGAAAAUAAAAUACAGAUAAUUCUGCAGAUUCCGAUUGUCUACCGGUAAAGCAAAAAUCGGCCCGAUACCAAUUAUUGAUCAAUCACUGAAGGUAUACGUUUUGGUCACACCAUGACAAUCCAGUAGGUGUGGCCACCAGCAAAGAAAAAGCACUCCAUUUUGGAAGUGAUCUGAAAAUUAAUCUGUAAAUGUGCCUUGCAAAAACACAUCUUAUAAUUUACAUUUUGUGACCUAAAUAUUGUUAAAAUUGUCAGUAUUUUAAAAUGUGCAGACAUUCCAACUACUGGAGGUAAAAUUUAGGGAGACUGUUCAGUGAAUUGAAGUCUAGUUCUUAUGGGAAAAAAAUAAUAAAAAUUAAAUCUUCUGAAAUGGCAUUUCCUGCAUUUUGGGAAUAUGUUGUUAUAAGUGAUCCUAUAAAUUGUCAUAAAGUAACUUCAUAAAACGGUCAAGACAGACUAUUAUGUUGCCAAAAACAGUACAUUUAUGAUUUUUUUACGAUAUUUCCUGAAUAUUCUGAAAAAUCGGGGGAAUUUGAUAAAAAUCGGGAGACCCGGGGCCGGUUGUUCAAAGGUGGGUUAGCGCUAACCCUGGGUUAAAAUUUAACCUGCUGUUUUAGUUUCUAUAUUUCUGCACGUCUGUUUAUUUCAAAACUUCAGAGAAGUAAACUCUUAUCGAUCCAGACAAGAUUUCUGAAGAAAUAUUUCCAAAUUUAUAGACAAGCUGUCAGGAAGUUUGAUUUGAAUUUUGUGUUAACCUAGGGUUAAGCUAACCGAGCUUUGAACAACUGGCCCCAGGAGAUUGCAUGAAUUUUCGGGAGACUGCCUGUAAAAUCGGGAGAGUUGGAAUGUCUGAAUGUGCCUGUUUAACAUUCACAGCCACUGUUGAGUAUCCUGUUAACAUUUUUUGCAUUUAAUUUUGUUUGAAUUGUUUUCGGUAUCUGUUGAUUCUGCAAAGUUUCCAAACGGCUGACACUACUUAACCAAGCAAAAUCCGAAAUGAUCAACUUUAUAUCCAACAUUUUCGUUUCAAAAAAUCUUUAGUUUUCUGCAAGGAGUUAUUCACUUAUUUAGACUUAUUUUCACUUCCCAAACAUUAAUCUGCUAAGGCCAAGAAAAUAAAAAAAUGGUUUCCAGUUUCAUAGCUAUGUUUUAUAAGGGUAGGUACUAGGUUAGUAGGUAGGUUGGAAAAAUAUUUUGUUUUAUUUAUUUUAUAAGUAUUAUUUUGUAACAAGUAUAAUUAUAUUGUAUGGGCAUGCACAAGAAAUAUAUACAAAUGUAUACAAAUGCAUAGAUUCAAAUUUAAAACUGUCAUUAACAUGACCAGACAUGGUGGAAAGUUUUGAAAAAGGUUUGGGGGGGGGGCAUAAAUUUGUGAAAAGGGGAGCUAAUUUAAAAAGGGGAUAGAGCCCCUUGACUGAAUUAUUCAGGUGGAAAAAGUAUAUUGGAACAGGAAACCAUUGUUCUCAGAACAUUUUUUGAGUUCCCAGAAAAUAUUUCCCCAAUUCAGAGGAAAAAUUCAGAAGAAAAAUUGAAAUUCAGAGGAAAAAUUGUAACCAAUAGAAAGAAUACCACCUGUACUGUAGGUAUGACCUCACAUCUAAAUAUAGACUAUAGAAUGAUGUGCAUUUACAUGGUAUAUACUGGUAUGAUGAUGAUGAUAUACCAGUGUUCAAUAUUUGCAAUAUCAAGUUAGAGCUGUGCAAACUCCGGUUAUUUUAACUCUGGCUGCGGCAGUCAAAACUCCGGCUCCGGCAAGAACUUUUUAAGGAAAUUCCAUAUUUAAAAGUGGAAGCAGGCGAAAGUACUUCAGUGUAAUUUCAGAAUUUAUCUUUUUUAAAAACCUUUUUACAACACUAUUAAUAGUAAACAACAUAGUAAUAUAUAGUAAAACAACAUAUAAAUAGUAAUAUAAUAAUAUAUUAGUAAACAACAACUUAAUUUUCCCAUUUAAUGCCAAAUGUUCGUUGAAAUAUGAAAUAAUUUUUCAUAAUUUUGUCUGCCGGAGUUUUUUCUGGAGUUUUCCGGCUCCGGCAAAAUAUGCUGGCACUCCGGCUCCGGCGCACAGCUCUAUAUAUCGAGUCUAUGUAUAAAUAAAUUCUUUUGGUAUGCUGUUCUGGUAUGCAGUACUUCAAUGUUUUUCAAAUGUUGGAUACUGUGGUUAAAAUUCCUAUAUUUCAAUCAUUAUAUAAUCAAGCAGUAUUAAGCAACUUGAUUUACAGAUACUUUUUAUAUGUAAUUUUUUCCCAGAGUUACAAGAAAGCAACUAUUUUCAGAUUAAGGUGCAAGGUAACCAUAAUAACUGUGGGAUUAGACAAUACAUAUUGACAUAUUGUAUGCAUAUCGAUUAAAAAAUAAAACCCCAUAGAUUUAAAAAUAAAACCCCAAAAAGUAAAUAGAUGAAAAUCUGGGGGAGGGUGGCAUCAGACCGUGUGAAAAGGGUUUACUAGAAUUUAGCAAAUUAUUUUUCAGGUAUUACGAUAUUGCUCUCGUGAAAUAUUUUCAGGUUUAUUUUAAAAUUCAUAUUUUUAAGUUUCUUUUUGUACAGUAUGUCAUUCCACAGUUUUGCUUCAUGCAUAAUUUGUUGUUAUUUGUGGGAUGGAGUAAAACAACCUUGAAACGAGCCUGGUUGUGUAUAUAGCUGUAUGUUUUUGGUCAACAAAAAGAAAAAAAGUAUUAAAUAUUUCUGUUAAAAGGCCUGCAUUAUAGUGAUAGUACAUCAAUAUGGCAGCAUAAAGAAAAACUACUGUAUAUCAUGAAAUUUUAAGAUUUCCAAUUCAACAAAAAGAUCUAGGAUUAGUGUUCCCAAAAGUUAUCUGUCGAGCAACUUUUCUUGCAAAAAAGUAAAGGAUUGUUGAUGACAAAAUACUAAUUAAACCAUAUAUUAGGAAAUGGUUGACACAAUUGCUGACAUACACGUCCACUUAACUGUGACACAACAAGAUGUAAGGCUAUACAUACUUGUAUAACGGGCUUGGGUCAUGGACAGGAUGAGAAGCUAGGUGAAAGAUAUUUCAAAGUUUGUUAAGGAUACUACAGUGUUGCAGCAAAUGUCAAUCACACUAAAUUAUUGCAUGACCAAGGAGCAUUGUGAUAUCUAACGAUAUAACAUUUGUCAAGUUUUUACUGAUAUGAUGAAUAUAUUUAUAUAUUUAUUUACAUCUGCAUGAUCAGUGCAGCUUGGUCCAUCUAGACACGAGAUACCACCGUAUUUAUACUCACUCGCUUGCUCUCACCACGUGCAUGUGAUAUACAGUAAUACUGUAAAUCACAUCUGUGCAUAUACAGACAUGAUGGAGUGGCAUGGGUGCUCAACGAUAAGCUGACAAUGGAAGUGAAGCUCUGUUUCCUAGAAAGGAUUAAGGAUGACACCUUUAUAUUUUUAGGUGUUCAACGGUUCAAACAGGGUUUAUUUUAACGUGCAGUUCUACACAAAAUGUGCAGUUCAAAACCCAUUUGUGCAUUUCUUAAAACUCAAAUGUGCAAUCACCAAACUAACAAAAAUAGCCUUAAUUACUCGUUACCCUUGUGGAUGCUCCAGAAAAUCCAGAAUUGCUGUCAUUAAUUGAGCAUCAAAAAUAUAAACGUUUUCUGGUUGAGGACUCCAGACCCUCCUAUUUUCCUCACAAAUCACUUACGUGCUGGCGUAAUAGAAGAGAAGGUAAAAUUGGGGCGAGUGAAGCUCCCCAAAAGAGAUUAGAGUGGGAGAACCUAAUAUUCAUUGCUGCCUCAAAUGCAAAUUUAUGGUUGUUAUAUAUUGAAUAUCCAUGAUUCCCAGUUACAUGUUUUGAAACAGUUUUUGUGAGUGGUAUGGUUGGGUAAACAAAUCUUUGUCAGAACUAAGAGCCUCUAGAUUCAAAUUGUUUUGGGGAACACCCCCUAGCGCCCGCACCCAAAAUCGAGUUUGUCUGGCUUUUCUCCAACCCAACCACACCAUUAUUCUGUCACCUAUAUGCAGGUAUAAAUCCUUCGACCCCCGUCAAACACCCGUUGCCUUCGUAACAUCCCUAUAUCAUGUGCAGUUCUAAAUUUUUCUUAAAAUAAUCCCUGAGUUCCAAAAGUGUUUAACGUUUCCCGGCUAAGAAUUCAAGUUUUGAACUGCCUUCAUCAAAAUAAUGCGAAUUAAUGAAUUAUGGCUUUUUCAAAUUGCAAAAUAUAUAAAUUAUGUCAAACUAGUUACGUCCUAUAAUACUGCAUUUUAAAUGUUUUAUUGUUUUUUCUCAGUAUAUUCUCCAAUGUGAUAGCUAAUAUCUGGCACCGAUACCAAGUGUGAAGUUGAUGUAUUUUUGCAUCUUGUGAAGUUGAUGUGUUCUGCAGUAGCUUGCAUCUUAUGACUUAUCUCAUCAACAAGUUUUUUUAAAAACCACAAUCCGUAGAUUAGCAUCUUGAAUCUCAACAUAUGAGUCAAAACAAGACAAGAAUGAGUUUCUGAUUUUUCUAUCUUAUUUCAAAAUCAUCAAUAGUGAAAUUGACUAAAGUUACAACAUAUGCAUGGUCUUUUAUACAAGCUGGUAUGGCAUGACGUAGUCACACAGGAGUUUAUAUACAGGCAGUACAAUCCCGACAACAAAGGUGUGGAGUGAAAAUGUGAUGGCAUGUAGGUUUAUUGAGAAAGGAUUAUGAAAAGAGUACAAGUUCGUUGUUGGGUUUGAGACCAGUAUAUAAACUGGGUGAAUGCAUGGAAUUUAAUAUAGAGUGUUAGAAAGUUAGGUGUGAAGAACGUUAUCACUUCAUGAAAUUCAUGAAAUUCUGGCAACUGUUCUGAGCGGUGGACAGUUCUUUCAUUCACCGGUGAAUAAUAUAAUCGUUCUCUUAUGGAUCAAACGUUCUUUCUCGUUUCUUUGACAUUUGGUAUAUAAUAAAAUAUACUUAUUGACUGAGACUUCGGCAACAGUAUGUCUUGUGGACCCUCGAUUACCAAUGUUUCUCGAGUUUUGCCAGGUCCAAAAUGUACAUAUAUACUGUUUUCAUAUAGGUCCCAGCCAAUAAAUGUUAAUUGUUUUUAGCUAUAAAGUAUUUGUUUAUUCACUGUAGAAGGGGAUUUAUAUAUGUGACGGAAAUCUCAGUGAAUUUCAUGUAAUUGUUUUGAGCAUGGAAAACUUCUGAGAACUUUCUUUAAUGACAUGGUUAUAUUAAAUGCACAUUGACGCGUAAAAAUGUAAUAAAAGCCGUUGGCUGGGUACAUUAAUGUAAGAAAUAAGGCGGCUCGAUACUGAUAUAAUCCCGUAGUGUUACCUCGCAGCAUAUUAAUAAUUAAUCUAUGCUGAGACUUCUAAAGACUAAAGUGGUUUUUUUUUUAAUUUUAUCUACCGCACAACACAAAAUGUGUGUAAUAUUAUUGGAGCGUGUUGACACUUUGUAUACAAUAUACUGUUUCAUUGUGAUAUAUAAUAUCAACUUAAGAUAAUUAAGCUUUUAUGUUUUAUAGUUCCACAAUUCUGUGAUACGAAAGUCAUUCACUUGUAAAAACAGGUUGCUUAAAAUAACCAAUUUGAAUUGGUUGUCUACUUGUCUCAGAUGCACUUAUUUGACCAAUAUUAAUUGAUGCUGGUAAAACAUUUAUUGGGGUUGUGAUAUAGCAACGACACUUACAUGUCAGCACAGCAACAACUAAAAUGAAAGGCGAGAAAUAGUUAUACCUUGACAUUUUGAUGUCCAAUAGAAUGAUUUGGUAAAACCCACCACCGUAAACGAAAUUUUGGUAUUACGAACAUCUUAAUGCAUAUUUGGACGUCCUAUGGCUACAUGCCUGGCUUUUUUUGGUUAAAAUCGGCCCAUCCCCAUGCUCCAAACAAAAUGUACCGAAAAAAUGCUCCAUUGAACUAACAAAAUUUAGAUAUUUUCAACGAGUAUAUAUAAAGUGUUUGGAAUGGAGACGAGGUUUUUUUACGUGUAAAGUAUAGCCUGCAUGUCGUAUACAGUUACAGGCACGUUUAUACGCUGCGAAUUGUUGGGUCGAUUUUGACGCGUUUUGACGAUUCGCGGGUAAGUUCGACAACUCGUCAUUCACGUCAAAUCUUAGUGUGUGAAUAACAUAUCCGAUUCUCAUUUACAAUUUGAUAAAAGUGUCAACUAAGUGUGAGUAAGCUUCAGGUAGUGGCAUAAAGGAAUGAAAUCUAUGACAUUUAAUUAAAGACGUGGCUUUACAACCUUCAAGUUUUACUAGCACGUUUGCUUAUCUAUCGUAUAGUUGUUGUGGAUAUUUAUAUUAACUAUUAAGCCAUUCAGAUGUCAAAUAAUUGACGUUUACCUAUACAUAACUCAAUAACUUGUUUAAUAAAGUUGAUUCAGUACCGGUUUUGUAUUUUCCGGUCGUAUAUCCGCAAUAUUAUGUUCCUUGACCUUGCACUCUAUUCAAAACAGUCUUAAGAACGUUUUUUCACAAGUUUUGAUUGGCUGAUCUAUAAAGUGAGCUAGCGAACAAAAUUGAUUUUCAAUUUCACUUGUUCCGCGUUAUGUUGUCUGUUCGUACUGUAUAUGCUUUUAUGCAUGCUUGUUUGGUUCAGUAUCUUCGCAGACGCAGGAAAUUUUCGUACCUUGCAGGAAAUUUUGGUCAUCUUAUACACUGGAAUGCCAUAUAAUUUACUUAUUUUUUACAGAAGCGUUUUUCAAGUCGAGAAGUUUAUCACGAUGUACACGGGAAAUUUUUAUUUUUCGAUUUUGCUGCCAUGAAGAGAAAUAUAUAUAUUCUACGCCUGGUUUAGUUUCCGUUUCAAACGACUGUCUUUAAACUGCAUGACAGAAGGGAAUCACUGGGAAUGCCUGAGGAGAAACUGCCAACUGUAUCAGGAACACUGAUAUCCACUCUUACACACGGAUGACAUUAGAAAAAAAUGAUUAGAAGUGAAUUUUUACCGACCACUCUCAUCCGAAAUAUUCGCUGUUUUUUUUUUAUCUACAUUUUGAAUUGAUGCGUGGGAUAGCGAUUUCAGUAAACUACUGUAUAACAAAAACGCCUUUCUACACCACCCCUUGCACUUUCCUAGAUUUUUUUCAUCUUGAAAAAAUCGGGAAAAAUCUAUAGCUAUAUGCUACAGUUUUUUAAAACUAUUUUUCGAAUUGGAAUUUGCUGAUGCCAACUACAGCUUGGAAUGAAAUCGGUUACACGAUACGAUUUAUCGUUCAUGACUAAUCUGCCCGACAAAUCGCAGCGUGUAAACGUACCUUUAGAUGUUAAGAAGAUUUCUUGCCAUAUUAAGCAACCCUCCAUAUAGUUGUGGUCUUGUGUUGCAGAUUAUUCAAUGACUUCCCAACACAAGUAUUUAUAAAUUUAACGGACAGUAUAAAAUAGCUUGGAUUUAAAAAAAUACAGACUUCCAGCGAGAGGGAUACACUUCACAGAAAAGGCCGUUUUAACUUGCGCGUUUCAAUUUUUUGUAGUGAAAGAAUUUGGAAAAGCGAAAUUUAUUUAGUUCAUUAAUAAAAGGAAUGCAAUUUAGUGUAACAUUACACUCUUGUUCUUAUUUCACUAAUAAAAUAAUUAAAUAAUGAAUAGGUUUGAAAUAUCUAAUAGUAUCCAGUUGCGGACACUAGUGGGAGGGGGGACUGGGGAGCCUCUGAAUGCUGUAAAAAUAAUUUUUCAACCAUCAGAGCAUUGGUAGACUAAACAUUAAGCUAUAUAUUACAUCACAUUUAAAGGGGAAAAAAUUUAAAACUUUCCCGCCACAAAAGGUCGUCAUAUGAUAGCAUCCUAAUUAGCCCCCCCCCCCUCUCCAAAAUAAAUAUUUCGCCAAGUGUACUACUGAUUGAACUUAUAUUCUUCUAUAGACAUGGCUGAAGAAGCAUUUGCUAUCGCACUAUAUGACUACCAUUCACAAAAUGACGAGGAACUUUCCAUAAGGAAAAAUGAUAAACUACUUAUUGUAAAUGACAGUGGGACAUGGUGGCAAGUUCAAAAUGAACGUCAUCAAUCCGGUCUCGUACCCUCGAACUAUUUGCAACGAACUGACUUAAAUAAAGGUAAAAAGAGCAUAGUGCAGAAAAUAUUUUCGAGAAAGGGCAGUAGCGGUGGUCCAUCCGAUGAUGGCCCUGGGUACGCAGCUCCAGAUGUUCAUGCGACACGCGCUAGCUUUUCGGAGAAAGUAGACGAAGCGAUUGCGAAGUAUGACUACACACCUGUUAGGGAAGAUGAAGUUGCACUCACGAAGGGUGAUCGAGUUUAUGUGUUGGAAAGGGAAGGUGACGGAUGGUGGAGAGGCGAGGCUAAUGGGAAAUCAGGAUGGUUUCCAUCCAAUUACGUGGAGAUAAUAAAGGCUGAUAGUAAAGCUAGUAACGUUAUAUGCAAAGUACGGACUUUGUAUGCAUUCAAGCCAACUAAUAACGAGGAGUUACAUUUUGAAAAGGACACUCUGUUGGAAAUCGUUGAUCAGCCAAGAGAUGAUCCUGAAUGGUGGAAAGCCAGAAAGGAGGAUGGUACGAUCGGACUUGUGCCUAAGAAUUAUGUCAAGAUUCUUGAUGGAAAUCAAGACGAAAAACGACCAGUUCCCGACAAUGCUGGUGCAACGCCAACGCCAGUAGCUGUUGUGGAUAAUAGUAUUCUGAAUAAAGAAUGGUACCAUGGGAAUAUUUCGCGACAAGAUUGCGAACGCAAGCUUAACGCUUCUCGAGAUGGUGACUUUCUUGUUCGAGCUAGUGAAACAAAGGUAAGAACUUAAAGCGUGAAAUGUUUUACUGUACAUGACAUCUUUCUUGUGUGGACUGUAUAUUACAUCCCUCUUGUUCCAUUACAUUGCAUUUUCGAAUAUAUACAGGGUGUAUCAAAAUAAACGCAAUUCAUCUUUUGUGCUUAAUAACUUUCGAAAUACUAUUUCUAGUUAAACGCUUUUAGGCUUACUUCAAAGCCUGUUCUUUUCUCUUUCAAACAAACUAUUAUCCUUGUCUCCAAUGCUAGUAAUAAUUGCACAGGAAAAGAUUUAGUAAACCUAUCAUUUUUAGUUGCUGUUUAAUUAUGCAAGUUUACUAUGUUAUUGUUUAGUCGGUUUAAAUGUUAGAAUUUUCUUCUUUAAACUUUAAUGUUGUCGUCACUACAUCUGGAAAACCACGUAAGAACAAAUUAAAAGUAUUUUAAAAGAGACCAGGUUGUUUGAAAAUCCUAAAGGAAUGCUAAAAAUCAUAGAAUCAAAACAUUCUAGUGUCUGAGCCAGAGUGUCAUCGAAUUGCCAUGUAAUGUAAACAGAAAUUAUAGCAAGCUGAUGUCAGUCAGCUUAGAUGGUCCAAGCCAAAAUUAUAUCGCAUUUGAAGUUUCAAACUGUGUUAAAAAUAGUGGAAGAAAAGCCGUAAUUAUACUUAUUGUUACAAUCCAUUUAAUAAAAUGCAACAUUUUUUUGUUUUAAUGAAAAAAUCAGUUAUUUUCAUGAGAACGAUUUGUUAUUCCAUCUCAAUUUUUUUAAUCUCCAAUCGCAAUAACGUAAAGUAUUAUUACCCGCGAACCAAUGAGUCAAAUUUAAGAAACAAUCCACUGUUAGAAAGCUGAAUGGCUACGCUUUAAAAUGAAUGUAAACUUUAAAGUUUUUGUCUAUUAUUUGUUUAGCAAUUUACAUUUCAGUCGAGGAUUGCGCUUUUUUUGAUACACCCUGUAUAUAUAUAUAUAUAUAUAUAUAUAUAUAUAUAUAUAUAUAUAUAUAUAUAUAUAUAUAUAUAUAUAUAUACAUAUAUACAUAUAUAUAUAUAUAUAUAUAUGUAUACAACAUGGACGCGAAUGAUGUAUACGAUUGCGAUUCGUCUGUGAAAACAUUCGUAUUCUUCAAUAGACAAUAAGCAAUAAUUAUCUUUGGUGAGACAACUGAACGUAAAGUUUAUGCCAGCCAGCAGAUUUUGUAUCAGAUCAAUAUUUAGCUCCUUUAUACUCUCGUGACUCUCAUUCUGUAUUCUUUAUGAAUUAUUAAUGACAUUAGUUUUAAUGAUUUUCUGAAUAAAUAUGUGAUAUGUGACAUAUCGAUUAGAAUUUUGGGGGAAGCCAAGAAAUUUCGGAGCUCGUUCCUGAAAUUCUAGAUUUGGUUGAGAGAUGAAAGUUGGUGAAUCAGACAUUUCUUUGUGUUUCUUUUUAGAGUGGCGAUUUCUCAGUUUCGAUGAAGGCACCAGAUCGAAUUAAGCACUUCAGGAUCAAGGCAUUGCCCAAUAACGGCUUUGGAAUAGGUCAACGGGAAUUUUCUUCGUUAGACGAACUUGUUGAGCACUAUAAAAAGUUGCCCAUAUUUACAUGUGAGAACGGACAAAAAAUGUUUCUAUCGCGGCCAUACCCUAAGCAGGACUACUUAAGAAAUGGAAUUCAACGUUAAGAAUGUUUGUAUCAAGUUAGAAUGUUAGCUUUAAAGAGUAUAUACUUGGUUACUUUGUUUACAUGUAAAUGUUAGUAUAUUGCCUUGAGGAUUGGGAAUGACAUCUGCAUGAAAGGAGACGCAAAAUCAGAGCGCGAAAAUGACGCCGUAUUGUGUGUGGCGGAAAAUACAUAAAGUGCCACGAGCAUGUGGAGGUACUGUGAAUGUAGAGAGUAAUCGCAGUGUAAAAUAUGUAUGGUAAAAAUGGUGUAACAAAUAUAUUAAGUAUAAUUUUUGCGCUCUGAAAAUAGCGCGUGUAAUUUAAGAAUUACCGUUGCUUUCCCAGUGCUUCCUGGUAUUAUUGAAAUCAGUAGACCGCGACAUGCCCACAUUUUGGCAUCCCGCGCAUUCUGUUUCGAAGUCUUCACGUGAUAUAUCGUAUGUACCCAUGACCAGCUAGAUGUUCAACCGCUCUUGAAAAAUAUACUGGCCCGCAUUCUGUCCAAGUGUAUGCCACUAUUUUACAAGAUCAAGAUCACAUUGUUGGUAACUGAAGGUAGAGAGUUCUAAAAUGACGAAAUCUGGGUGGAUAUUUCAAAUUAAACAAAUAUAUUUCAUAUAUUUUGUUGCUUGACCUUCGUUUGGACGUCUGUGACCUUGUUUACGUUUGUAUAAAAUGACAGUGAGUAACGAAUUUCUGGCGUUAAAUUCUAAACUACGCACCUGACUGGACAAUAAAAUUAGAAGCCCAUUUAAUUAGUUUACCUGUCAAACUGAAACUUGCAGUUUUUCACACCCUGGCUGAACAAAUUGUGUUCACGAGGUCCAGAAAUAUUUAAUUACGAGGUACGUUUGAAUACAUCACGUGGUGUCUCUUACCUUAUCGUGCGGCCAGCAAAAAAAAGUGGAGGUGUCGCGGUCUACUGAUUUCAAUAAUAUUUAAGACAACAUGUGGAGACUAAGUGGAGUUUAGUUGUUGAAUGACUUGUGUUCCUUCAUUCCCUGCGGGAGGGGCUAAUUAGAGGCAGGGACUAAAUAAAUAUUAACGUUCUUUAUGCAUAACAGUACUUAGAUGCUUUAUACUUAAAAGACUAAAAAUACUUAGAGAAUGGUCUGUGAUGGGGGCUAAAAAGACAAAACACGGUAUCCGCAUGCAAAAUUCAACGUGUGAAACAGUUAAAGUUCGAAAUUAUUUCAUUACGAUGGACCGUGAUAUUAAAUUCUAACCUAAUGCAAGCUUAGGUUCCACAAAAAUUGCGCGCCGUGGUUUCAAACAUACCAUUUUACGUGUGCAGGAUUUAAUUCUGAUUGGGAAAAUCACCCAGGAACAACGGAAAUUUGUAGUGGUUAUAUGUGCCUCUACUUUGACACGCAUGCACAAAAUUUCAUGCAUGUUUGAAACCAGCAUCGAGUUACGUUUGAAUUUGAAGGGAAUUACACUUCUUGUUUGACUGGUUUCUGACAAACGUGUGAAAUAAGUGAAGUAUUUUUGAAAGGUAUUGGCUGAAGGGGACGGACGAGAGGGAGAUUUUCAAGAUAGUUCAAAAUUUAAAUUCUGAGUUCGCUUUAGUUUAGAGUUAGGAUUGGCGUUAGGUUCAGCUGCAUGGGGGCAAGGUUUAAGAUUGCUACAAGUGCCUGGUUGCAGCCGAUUCUAGGCUCCUCCGCAGGCCUCUCUUUGGGUUUUAGCCUGCGAAUGGGUUUUGAAAAAAAAUUUCACCAAACUUUUUCCCACCAGAGGAGGCUAAGUCUGCGGAGGAGGCUAAGCCGAUUCUUUCACUAACGAUCUUGAAAAAUGGCCGCCAUCUUGAAAACUUCUUCUCGUUUAGCCUGCGUGCAGGCCCAAGGGAACUGAUAGUGGGCCUGCAACCAUCGCCCGGUAUUUUGUAAAACGCCCCUUUUCAUAACACGCCCCAUUCGCGCGUCAAUUGUCAAAAAAGAACCAAUGACAGCACCCAAAUAUUAACAAACAAACUCGCAUUAAAAUUUGCGGGGUUUUCUCUGCUUAUUCAGAACACUAAUAAACAAUGUGUAAAUGGCUGCGUUUUAACUCCAAAAAAGCAAGCAACGCAGUCAGUAAUUGCCAAAUUAGCAAGUGCUCAUUUUCAACUAAAAUCGGAACAGGCAAAUUAGGACGAAUUUCAACAGAAAACCAGUCUCAAACUUCAAAUCAUGAGGGAAGUCGUGCGACCACAUU